GGAUGAGCCGCGCAUCGCACCGAGCGCAUGCGCACAGUGCGCCACCAAACAAACCCUGGCCUACACGCCUCGCGGCAUAUAAAGAAGUCCCCCCUCUUAGAUUUAGAAUAUCGAUAGUAUGCUCGCAAUUGAAUAUUAAUCAUGUCUACCACUAGUGACUCUGACGAAUUUUACGACGCCGAAGACGGUACUCCUAGCCGAAGUGCAAGGCGAAGCCGCUCAUUGAAACAUGGUACAUUACCUCGUUUGGAUGAUCCUGCUGUUAAGCUUAUCACUUCACCAACUAAAGAAUUGAGCGACCUCGACGAAACUCUAGUACCAGUUACAAACCUUAGUUCUUCCACAACUUCUUCACCUGCUGCUCCACCCAAAGAGAAUAUCGCUGAAAAUGUGCCAGUUCCAAAAAAAGGUGCUGAUAAUUUGCAAGGCCGGAGACGCUUUAGAGAGUUACGCCAGAGAAUGCAGACUGAGGAAGAGGAUGCAGUAGGCUCUCCCCCCGACAGCCAAUCUUCCUCCGUUGAAGGGAUAUUUGCCGUACCCCAAGCUGGCGCUGCAUCAGUCGGAGGGUCCUCCUCAGGAACUAAAGCUUCUCAUCCCUUUCGAAUAAUUGAACAUGAUGCACUUAGUCUUCAAAGUUUGACCUCCCUUGGCCGAGUUGGCAGAAUAUUGGGAGGAGUUCAGGAUACUGUAAGCUUAAGUAGUGGUCGAGUUGAACAACAAUUGACUUCAACAAGCUCCUGUAGUACUCUUGGUGGUGAUUUGAAAGAGGAGGAAGAAGAAGAGUCUUCCACACCAGUGACUGCUCAAACUAGCCCUGUCACAUCAUCACCUACUCUAUCAUCAACCCCUACUACUUCAGCAAGCACUGCACCCUCAUCUCCUUCUCACUAUUCAAAAGGUGUUCUUCAGGAACCUGAUGUGAUAGCCAGUACUAAAAACUCUUUUGGUAACGGGACCUCUCCCCUCCCCUCAGAAGCUCCAGUAGCUCCCCCCAGAAGAAAGAAAAAAAACAAGGCUCCAAGCACCUCUACAACUGCUAUUCCUUUAGUGUGUGAAACUGACAGUGCUUCCACAUCUUCACAACUUCCUAGCCCAGCAAGUACCAUUGAAUCCCUCACAAGGGAUUUGGAACAUUCUCUUGACAUUCGCUCAGCAACAAAAGGGCAAUAUGUUGUCAAGCCUCAGGAUGAAGAUAAAGCUCGAGCAGAGGGUCCUCUUCCUGAAGAGCUAGAUCGUCUUAAAUCAGAAAAAGUGUCAUCCAGGUCUAGUCAAGCUUCCAAUAGUCCUCGAGGGUCUGUAGGAAGCAACAGCAUAGGGCGCAAACCUUCCUUGUUAGCUUGUGUUGCCAAUGAAAGUGUUGGUGCAACUGUAGCUGUUGGCUCCGGCACAGCAAGUAGCACGAGCAGCACCAGUAUGAGGGAUUUCAGUUCUGUUGGCACAGGGAGUGGCGGAAAGAGAGGACGGAGCACUUUGGGAUCUCUGAGCAGUAAUAGUAUUGGGAGAGAAGGUGGAGAAAGUAGUCGUCAUUCCCUUAGUCCACGAGGAUCCAAAGAAAGACGCAGGUCUGCUGGUGAUGAGCAGGGAAUGUUAGCACAACUUAAUAUGUUUGUUCGUACACGCACAGACUCUGGCAAGCAGCUCUCAGACUUGGAAAUUUUGUCUCAAGUAACAGUACUUAAUCUAGAUACUGGGGAAAGAGUUCCUCUAAGUAUAGCAGAAGACAAGCUUCCUCAGUGUAUAAACCCGUUAUCAUUGCACAUAAUGCGUCUUACUUCUGAAUAUGCUGGGACAGAGGCAAGUAGUCCCACCUCAAGACCUCGUGAGUCAGAUGAAGAAAGUAUUGAUAGCAAGAUGUCAGUACCUCUCUCAGUCUGCGACUCGUUGGACAUAGAUGAUGUUGAAAGUGAGGCAGGAAGUGUCCGAAAGAGGACUGCAAGGUUUAAAAGAUUUUUAGGUUCUACGGUUAAGAAGACUAUGAACAAGGCAAAAACAAUCGCUCAGGAGGUAUCUCAUGCAAGACAUAAAGAAGAUGUCAUGGAUAUUGUAGACAAGGUUAACCCAAAUGACCCCCCUUAUAUGAAAUUGAAGGCAAGCAGUAGUCAUAAAGGUCCUUAUGACUUUGACCAGCUCCAACAUAUUCAGGACCUCAGUGGUGAACAUGUUGGACCUAUUUGGUGCAUGAAAUUUUCAACUUGUGGGAGGCUACUUGCCACUGCAGGGCAGGAUCGUAUUCUAAGGGUUUGGGUCAUGAGGAGUGCUUAUGCUUAUUUUCAGGAAAUGCGAACCAAAUACAAUGCAGAAAAAGUGUCACCAACCCCAUCUCAAGAAUCUUUGGUUUCCCAACAUUCUGCUGGUGCCAGUUCUACAGGCGCAGCCUAUGAUCCCUCAGUUGCUGAUCCGAAUCCUAACAGUCCUUUUAUGCCACGUCCAUUUUGUAAAUAUACUGGUCACACUUCAGAUCUUCUGGAUGUUUCAUGGUCAAAGAAUUACUUUGUUCUAAGCUCUUCAAUGGAUAAGACUGUUCGACUGUGGCACAUUUCUAGGAAAGAAUGCCUGUGCUGCUUUCAACAUAUAGACUUUGUAACAGCUAUAGUGUUUCACCCUCGGGAUGACCGUUAUUUCCUGAGUGGAUCUUUGGAUGGUAAAAUCCGUCUGUGGAAUAUACCAGAUAAGAAGGUUGCUGUUUGGAAUGAGGUUGAAGGCCAAACAAAACUUAUUACAGCUGCUAACUUUUUCCAGAAUGGAAAAUUUGCUGUUGUAGGUUCAUAUGACGGCCGUUGCAUAUUUUAUCAUACAGAUCAGUUGAAGUAUCACACUCAGAUACAUGUGCGAUCCACUCGUGGCAAAAACUCAACUGGCAGGAAAAUAAGUGGAAUUGAACCCAUGCCUGGAGCUGAUAAAAUCUUAGUUACAUCUAACGAUAGUAGGAUUCGCCUUUAUGACCUUAGAGACUUGAGUGUCUCUUGCAAGUACAAGGGCUAUGUCAAUGUCAGCAGUCAGAUCAAAGCAAGUUUCAGUCAUGAUGGAAAGUAUAUUGUAAGUGGCUCAGAGAACCAAUGUAUUUAUAUAUGGCGUACAGACCAUGAUUAUUCCAAAUUCUCAUCUGUACGCAAAGACAGAAAUGACUUUUGGGAAGGUAUUAAAGCACAUAAUGCUGUAGUCACAUGUGCUGUAUUUGCACCUAAUCCUGAGGCAGUUUUUCGACAAAUUGAUGAUCAAGAUGAAAAAGAUGAAGAGAAGGCAAAACCUAGAGUGGUUGAAGAUCCCUUGGUUGCUCAGCACAAACAAGGCUGUGGUGGUCAUGUGCUUGUCAGUGCAGAUUUCAAUGGAUGUAUCAAAGUUUUCAUUAACAGGACUAAACCCAAGCAUAGUUCAUUGCCAGCAUCUGCACUGGUGUAGAUGCAUAUUUCAUGGUCUGAAAGUUAACACUUGUUGUCAAACUACAUUUUUGCAUUCAUAUUGAUCUAAUGGGACCAAAGCCAAAUGGCUCAGUCUUAGAGCAUAAUUCAAAUGAGUGGCAGGGUAAAGGGAAGUGCAGUACUAACAAACAAAAAGGUUUACUGUCGCAUCCAUCAUUAGGACUUUAUUCUCAAAGGCUGAUACUUAAGAUUCUUGCAAGUCCCCCUUCUUGAGCUAUUGUGGCUAAUUUUGGCUUUUGUACUCCACUUGUAUUAUUAUGCUCCUUACGUGAUUAUUAGAUCUAACUGUAAGUCGGAGAAAUUAAUUUUUUAUUACUUAAUACAUUUUUAAUAAUGUACAGUAUGUAAUUGUGGUCGGCAUGCCUUGAAAAUGCAUAUGAACUUCCUUCUGGAAAAUACAAGCAACAUCCAGCUUGUUCUAUGAAAUUGCUCAUCAGGUCCCUGUGAUUUCAUAGUUUUGCUCCUAAUUUUUAUGCAUGUUAUUCCAACUUAAUUAUCUGUCUAUUAUUUCUGCUUUUUACUGUGCAAAAAGGAUACAGUUAUCUAGUGUUAUAUUCUAGGCUUCCAUCUGUGGUUAAACUAGGUGACUGGUGGUACCUAGUUCUAUCAACCCAGGAUCUUACCUUCAAUCGGUCAUCUCUAUCAGGUCUGUCUCAGUAUCACCUUAUUGAUCAUUUGUGAAAACAAAAACCUGAUCCUUCUGCAAUUUGUGAUAUUUGGCCUGUGUUAUUUCUUAAUUGUAUGGAGUUCUAUAGGAAGCUUUUAUUGGUUUGUGUUAUUCUUUCUUUUUUUCUUUUUGGACGCACAAUCUUUUUUAUUGAUUACAUUUUAAAUGGGUAUGUGGCUCGUCUCCUAACUUUUCAUUUCUUUGUGGAAUACACCGGGUACAGGUCUGAAACCUUUCUGGAAGAGCAUUUCUUUUGAUGCGUCUUCUAUUUUCUAUGUUGAUGUAAAAGAGCUUUAGCUUUUUUUCAUUAUUGUUAUUUAUUUAUUUAUUUACUUAACUGCUUCCUUUUGAGUUUUUAAGGUCUGUACAGUGUUAUGAAAUCAAUUGCUAAAAUUUUGUAUAUGUGGUAUGUUUACAAAAUUUGUAGCCGUGUUUGAUUGUUUCAUCUUAUCAAGAAUCACUUCGUAUGAAAUAUUUAACUUUUACCGAAUGAAUUUGUAACCAUUGUUAAAGAAACUGACCACUGAGUGACGUUCAUGUUUUGUCUCUAAACAAAAUCUGUGGUUUCAAAGUUUUAACAAGAAGCCUGAGUGUGCAGAUCGGCUCUGCCCCUGAAAACCAAUACAGGUUGUACCUGCAUAUUGCUGUUAAUUUUAAUGUCACAUGUGACAUGUCUUGCCUGGAUUAAUUAUGGUUCUGCUUCUUUGAACUGAUAAUUUAACUUAGCACAAUGCUAUGCAUUUCAGCUAUGAGGCAGUAAAAUUGAAGUAAUAUUUUCCCAGUUACAGUAUCAUUUUGUUACACUUCUUAAAGCUGCACCAGUAUUUUGUUUUUCUAAAGUCUGGGCCUUGGGCAUAAGUGAAUUUUUAUGGCAACUCAGUAUAAUAUAUUACGUGGAUUACAUUUUGAGAACCUUCUUACUGUGAAUAACACUCAUUCCUUGCUUUGGCUGCAUUUGUAAGCACCCCGACUGCUAUAGAAUUUCACAAAUUCUCACUACUAACUCUGCAUACUGUUUUCAGAACAAUAUGCCGUACAUAUAUCUGGCAAUAAUAUUACUCUGAUAAUUUCAGUUGGUAUAUUUUUAGUUCUUAGUGAGGUAGCAAAAUUCCACGGCACCUGGUUUCCAUAUUUAUGUUGGGACCUUUAUCCAGUCUAUCUGCCAUUUUGUUGACCUUGUCAUUAAUGUUUUAGUGCGAUUUAAUGUAAGUCAUUAGAUAAUGUGUACAAUGCUUCCCCUAGUCAAAACUUGUGGUGUCUUUUUCAUUUGAAUUGCAAGUUGCUCUAUUUUGUUGAUGAAUUCUGAAGCAACCAAUGUAUGUCAGAUAUUAAUUUUGAAAGUCUCCUACUUAAAUUUGUGUAAUGGUACACUCGCUGAAAAUAUUAACAAUUGUUUGUAUUGGUAUUUUAUUACCUUUGAUACGGCAAGUCAUCCUUUAUCCUUUCUAUUAUAACAAUCUGGAUAAAUUUUGUGAUUUUGAACAUCGGACUGGAAUGGAAAAAAACGGGUGGCCAGUAUUUUCUGUUGCUAUUAUUGAGAGCAAUUGAUUUUGCUUUCUGAAAGUGAUGCCAAUUUAUUUUUAAAACGUUAAAUGUUGUCGGUAUUAGAAAGAGUGUCUUUGUGAUGUUAGAUUUGAUGUUGUUCAGGAAAAGGGUCCACUUUGUUGAUCACUUCCUGUAGAUAAUUGUUACCAAAGUUGUAAUUUAUUCCUGUUUCUCUUCAACAUCAAACUCAUUAAAUUCAGUCAUGAAUAUAGAAAGUAUUUUGGGAUGAAUUAAAAUGCCUCAUUAGAAAGGA